AGUUGUGAGUUUGAGAGACGAAGAUUUAUAUAGAUUUAGAGAGAGGGAGAGCUGGGGAUCUCUUGAGUGUGUUAUCAGGGCAGUACUGAAACAGAAAGCAACAAACAGUGACUGUAUUAUAAUUUAAUUUAAUGCCUGAGAGCAGGAUUUAAUCAGUGGUUAGUGUGUGCAGUUUGGAUCUGUUUUCUUUUUUCUCACAAUGAGCCACCUGUUUCUGCUGUUUCUUGGUCUUCUGUUCGCUGAGUUGAAGGACGUGACCGCUCAAGUAACGUGUGCUAAAGGAUAUGAAAUUGGCAUUAACGGAUGUGUAGAUGAGAAUGAGUGUGACCCAGAGACGGCCCCAAUAUGUGGUGCAAAUGCAAAUUGCUACAACACAAAUGGUAGCUACUACUGUCAGUGUAUAACGGGGUACCAGACAAGAACACGGAUUCUUAAUUUUACUCAGGAGAAUAGUGAACAAUGCAAAGAUAUUAAUGAGUGUACUACAAACAUAGUCAUCUGUGGCUCUAAUGCUGCAUGCGAUAACACCCCUGGUUCCUAUUACUGCACAUGUGUUUCUGGUUUUGUGGCCAGCAACGGACAGAAGCAGUUUAAUGCAAGUCAAAGUGUUUCAUGCAACGACAUCAACGAGUGUGAGAAAAACAAUUGUGGUGUUAAUUCUCAGUGCAAAAACACUCUUGGCUCAUAUUACUGCACAUGUAAGCCAGGUUUUGUGAGCAGCAAUGGACAGGAAAAAUUUAAAGCAAUCCAAGGGGUUACAUGCAAUGACAUCAAUGAGUGUGAGAAGAACAAAACCAUCUGUGGUUCUAAUGCUACCUGCAAUAAUACAAUCGGCUCCUAUUACUGCACAUGUAAUACGGGUUUCGUGGCCAGUCACUUGCAGGGGAAGUUUAAUGCCAGUCAAGAUGUUAAAUGCAAUGACAUCAAUGAGUGUGAGGAGAACAAAACCAUCUGUGGUUUUAAUGCUACCUGCAAUAAUACAAUCGGCUCCUAUUACUGCACAUGUAAUAGGGGUUUCGUGGCCAGUCACUUGCAGGGGAAGUUUAAUGCCAGUCAAGAUGUUAAAUGCAAUGACAUCAAUGAGUGUGAGAAGAACAAAACCAUCUGCGGUUCUAAUGCUACCUGCAAUAAUACAAUCGGCUCCUAUUACUGCACAUGUAAUACGAGUUUCGUGGCCAGUCACUUGCAGGGGAAGUUUAAUGCCAGUCAAGAUGUUAAAUGCAAUGACAUCAAUGAGUGUGAGGAGAACAAAACCAUCUGCAGUUCUAAUGCUACCUGCAAUAAUACAAUCGGCUCCUAUUACUGCACAUGUAAUACGGGUUUCGUGGCCAGUCACUUGCAGGGGAAGUUUAAUGCCAGUCAAGAUGUUAAAUGCAAUGACAUCAAUGAGUGUGAGAAGAACGAAACCAUCUGUGGUUCUAAUGCUACCUGCAAUAAUACAAUCGGCUCCUAUUACUGCACAUGUAAUAGGGGUUUCGUGGCCAGUCACUUGCAGGGGAAGUUUAAUGCCAGUCAAGAUGUUAAAUGCAAUGAACUGAAAUGUGACGAUCUUUAUAGUGAAAAUCCAUCUGUGCAGAUCUCUGAAGACCUGAAUCAGCUUCUUCUAGAGUUGCAGAGCAAAUGUAAGGAGAAGGAAACGACUGGAGAGAGGAUGUUAGAGAUUCUUCUUGAGGCAUUAGACAGAUUUCUUUCAAAAACAUCUUUAACAGAUACCAAGAUUAUCACAGCUUUGUUUAAAUUGGUUGAAAACAUCCUCCCUCUGAUUGGACAGCUGCAGACGAAGAGCGAUAUCAGUAAAUCAUAUCUUCGUGCACGAGUCCAGAUAUUGGUGAAAAGAAGUCCAAAUGCUCCACAUGGCAUGUUUUCUUUGUCCACCAAUGAUACAGAAUUUAAUAGCCAUUGGGAAGCAGCAGUAGGAGAUUCUUAUCAAGGCUUUGCAUCGACGUCCCUGUUUGAAUACCGGAGUCUGAAUAGUUCACUCAUCAACACCUUCUCCAAUAGAAGUAAAAUCUCUGUAGAUCGAUGCAAGCUCAACUCAAAAGUAGUGACGAUAGCAGUCACAAACCCGAACACGGCUCAUCUAAAGAAUCCGAUCACUCUCAACUUCUCUCACCUGCAGGAAACACAAUUGAAAUCAGUUUGUGUUUUCUGGGACUCCAAGCUGGAAGGGGGUGCGUGGUCUACUGAAGGCUGCAACGUAAUCCAAAAUACCACCAACUACUCCGUCUGCUCAUGCACACACCUCAGCAGUUUUGCUGUGCUAAUGGCGCUCCAUGAGCUAGAUGACGUGUUUGAGCUUCAGCUGAUCACCUGGAUUGGACUCUCGUUGUCUUUAAUCUGCCUGUUCAUCUGCAUACUGACCUUCUGGCUCAUCCGCUCCAUCCAAAGCACUCGCACCACCAUCCAUCUGCACCUCUGCAUCAGCCUCUUCAUCGCCGACUUAAUCUUCCUCGUCGGCAUCAACCAAACAGGGAACAAGGUGGGAUGUUCAGUGGUGGCGGGUCUGCUGCACUUCUUCUUCCUCGCGGUGUUCUGCUGGAUGUGUCUGGAAGGCGUGCAGCUAUUCCGCAUGGUGGUGCUGGUCUUCAACACCACUCUGAAACGUGUAUAUCUAAUGGCCGCGGGUUAUGGAAUCCCGGCUCUGAUUGUUAUCAUAUCAGCCGGCAUCAAUUAUGAAGGAUAUGGAACUCCGCGCUACUGCUGGCUCAAUCUGGAAAAGGGGUUCAUCUGGAGCUUCUUCGGCCCUGUUUGUGUCAUAAUUGUUGUCAAUGCGGUCUUCUUUUUGAUAACUGUGUCGAAGCUGGCGGAGAAAUUCAACUCCCUCAACCCUGACCUAAACAGCCUAAAAAAAAUCAAGACAUUCACCAUCACUGCCGUUGCUCAGCUGUGUGUUCUCGGCACCAUGUGGAUCUUUGGGUGUUUUCAGUUUGAUAACGAAACACUGGUCAUGUCCUACAUCUUCACAGUCCUUAACAGCCUGCAGGGGGUGCUAGUGUUCAUCAUGCACUGUCUGCUCUCCAAACAGGUGAGAGAUGAGUACAUCCGAUUCCUGACCUGUGUGACUACACUGCAGAAGAUGUCGUACUCUGAAUUCAGCACAAACCAGUCCAGCAAAUCUCAGCUGUCCAAAAGCGUUAAUGACAGAAAAGAGUCGCGGAUCUGAAGGACAUAUACUUUAGUAGCACAAGCAUGACCUUGUCUACACCCUUGCUGUUUUUUGUUUGUUUGUUUGUUGGUUUUUUUGUGAUGAUGUUCACAUUCAGCAUAAGCUCAUCUGGUGAAUUAGCUGCUUUCUGAUUCUGUUGUUGUUCUUGUUGUUCUUGAUGAUAUUAUUUUGUGACAGUCACGACUGUACAUAAAAAUCCAAGUUAAGUCUUAGAUUAAUUGAUCUCAAGUCUAAUUAAUCCCAGGCUCAAUUACAAGUGAAAAUCCAAAAACAAUAAUCUGCUAAGUCAAAGUCCUGCUCUGGUUCACUUACUGUACCAAAGUGCGGGGGGAAAAAGCACACCUGAACACUUAUCACUUAUUUAUAGAGUCUGCAAGUUGUUAAAAACAAUUUUUAAACAACACUUUACACACAUUUAUCAAACACAUUAUUACCUGAGCAGCUGUACUUUCGUAGGAAAAACAUCUAAAAACAAUUCAAAGCAAUCAUGACUUUAUACCUUCCUAGAAUUUGUGUUCCGUAAUUAUUUUGUUUUUCUCAUUAGUGCCACAAGUGGGCCUUAAGAGACACAUCCUUGCCAGAUGUGGCCCACAUCCAGUUGCUUUCUGGGUUACCGUUCAUAAUUAAUAUUUAUAUUUAAGUCCAAAUUUUUUUUUUGUCAAUGACUACAAUGUUUUAUUCAUUAAAGAAUUACACAUUAUUUUUCCUCUAUUUAUCCAUGGCAAUGAGUUUGUUAGUAAAGCAUUUAAAAAUAUAAGCAGUUUUGCCUUUUUUUUCUUUAAGUUAAUAAGAUAAAAAAAUAUAUACAGAACAUUACCAAGAAGUAAUAAUAAUCUGUCACUGACACUGGAGACUCAUUCCAAAAAAAGGUUACAUAAACUUCUCCUCAUACUCCUAAAAUAUCCCUGUAUUAACAAAUCUAUAUUUAAAAGUAAGUUAUAUGGAUCAACCACAAAUCUGUAUAUUGUUUCUAUAGCAAUUAGGGGCAGCCCUAGAGAUUCUGUUCCCCUUGAAUGCCAAAUCUAUUGGCCCCCAACAUUAAGAAAGCCAACCUUUUUUUUAAUUGCAUAACAUUCUUAAGGGCCCCCUGACACUGAGGAAUUGCUCAUACAUGGUAAAAUUCUCAGUGUUGAUUGAACACGUCAUGAGUCCAACUGGCCCUUAAUAAAGACUGUAGGGUGUUCAGUUAACACUGGGAAUUUGCUGUGUAACCAUAAUCCCGAAUUCAACCCCCCCCUGACAGGAACUCCUGACAGCAACAGUAAUGUUCGGGUGCUUUGUAACUUCUGACCGAUAAGAAUAGAGAAUUCGAUGAAACUGCACUGUGAUACAGUAUAAAGGAGAAAUAUUUCUAUACAGACCAUGACAAGUUAUAAUAAAUCACUGUCAGCAACAAAGUGCGCGAUCACAGAUACUUGCCUGAGUGUGUGUGCUGCAGAAAGGACUUGGAUGGAAUAUAAUUAAAACAAAAGAAAUGUCUUUAUACCUGGAUGUAUUUUUAUAUGAUGUGCACAAUUGGAUUAUUUUUUUUAUAGAUUUAUUGUAAUAUUUAAUUUUUUAUCUUUAAUUAUUGAAAGCUACUUUUUAUUGCAAUAUUGUUAAAAUCAUGCUAAUUUUUAUAUUUCUGAGCUAUGAAACAAUUCUGUGCCUUUUUUAAAAUAACUAUUUUAUAUUGUCAUUAAAAUAUUCAGUCUAAACGUGUAUUGUAAUGUAAAUGACAAUAUGAUGUUAUGGUGCUGUAAGAUAUGCUGGAGUUUAUGGCUCAAUUUACUGUGUGAGGAUUGAAAUGUCUGCUGACUGGAGAUCCUGAUGUAAUAUGUAUAUAUACAAGAUAUGUUUAUAGCUGAAUUCUGUCAGGUACAUUCUGGGGCAUUCUGCCUGAAAAAUAAAAAUAAAAAAUGCACUUUUUAAAAUAAAUGCACAAAUGUUAACAUGCUGA